GCCCAGUCCUCGCCGUGUCCUCGCCCAGUCCAUCAGCUUGUGCAUCUUUUGAAUAUUUGCGGAAUUCCGUGGAAGAGAACAGUGGAUUUUAGGUGUGCCAUCUAUUUAUUCUGGUUUGAAAAGUCAUUUCAGCCAAUGGCCAAUACACAUGUCAUUAAACGGAUCUUUUGUCUUGUACUCUUUUGGUUUGCCCGUGUUAGUACAAGCAGAGGCAGUUACCCAGAGUUAAAAGUCCAAGAAUUGCUGGUUAACUUGGUUUAUGAUAAUAUAACAAAUAAUAUUUUUAUUGGAGGUGAAAAUGUACUGUUGAAGACAUCAUCAAGUUUGGUGGAGCUUAGGAAAAACAUAACUGGUCCCAAACUAGAUUACAUAGAUUGCAUCAUUGACACAGAGUGCCCUGGCAAAGUUGCAAACAAUAGAAACAAAGUGUUGCUGAUAGACAACAAGAAGAGACGUCUGAUAACAUGUGGCAGUCUCCAACAUGGCAUCUGUAAUAUGAGAAGUCUUGAUACCUUAGAAACACUAACAAAUAGUGAUAAAUUUGUUGUGUCAAAUGCUGCCUUUCCAGCAGUAGCAUUGAUUACACCAUGGGGAAACACGCCAGGAACCUUUGCCAUGUAUGUUGCAACGUCAUGGGAUGCAAAAUAUCAGUUGUCAGAUUUGACAUUGAUUGGAAUCAGACCUGCUGUAUCCACUCGUAUUAUUGAUGGUCCUGAAAUCUUUGCCUUUGCUGAAGAAAGUGUUAAGCAGAGUUUUUUACAGUUUCAAAAACUCAAGUAUGAAGCAAAGUACAUUUACGGAUUUUCAUCUGGUGGUUUUACUUACUUUGUGUCCGUGCAAGAGACUACUAAAUCCUUUGAAAACAAAGAAAACCCAAAAGUGCUGAGAACAUUUGUAAUACGUCUUUGCCAAAAGGAUACAGCAUAUUUGUCAUACAUAGAGCUACCACUGGAAUGCCAAGGAGCCAAUGGAACAAAUUUCAAUAUGGCAAAUUCAUCUUAUCUUACAAAAGCUGGAGAUGGCUUUGGGCCUCAUGCAUCUGAUGAUGUACUGGUUAUUACAUUUUUUGAGUCUGCUAAAGGUUGGGAUGGACCCACCAAAUAUUCUGCUAUAUGUAUGUAUCCAGUGAAAGAAAUCAAUGAAGCUAUGAUGUCUAACCUCAGGAAUUGUACUAAUAACGUUAAUGCUGGUGAGAAAUUUGGGCUUCCUUGGGUACUUAAUGGAGACAAAAAAUGUGCUGAACAGACUAGUAAACCAACCAUAUCAGAUGACUUCUGUCCUACAAGAUCAUUUGCCUUCCAUCCAUUUCGUGGAAAAAUGCCUUUAUCUAAAAGAGCUGUGGUGCAAUAUGACAAGGGAAGGCUAAGUGCUAUUGCUGCAAUGCCAUAUCAGAAUCAUACAGUGAUGUUUGUUGGUACUGAACAUGGUCAACUGCUCAAGAUAUCAGUAGAAGAUGGUCAACAGCAAGUUGAACCUUACAGUAAUUUGCAUAUUGGUCCUGAUGAGGUGCUGCAGAUAAUAGUAACCAGUGACCAGAGACACUUGUACAUCUUGAGUAAACACAAGGUAUUGAGUGGAUAGCCGUAUAAAACAAUUUUUAUUGUGUAAUUUAAUAUGUUAAAUGGAGGCUAAGUGAAGGGGUUUGUGGAAAAAGACCCUAAGUGACAUCAGAUAGACUGCAAGAUUCUCCUUGCAAAUUACUUUUCACUUCCCUCUAUGAACAAGGAGAAUUCAAUAUGAGAUCAAAAGUCACUUAGUUCUUUUUUUCCAUGCACCCGUUCAAGUGUAUAAUUAUAUCAAACAGCGUUAUUUCCUAAAGCUAACAGGUUUACAUGGCAUUAUAAAAAUCCUCAAACAAACUCAGUAUUGCUCUCUUGCACAAAGAGUAAACAUCCAUUGUGUGUCAUAUGGUAACUUUGACAAGAUCUUGCAUAUGCAGACGAGGCAUUUUUAUAGUGUGCAGUACGUGUACGUUCCUAUUGGUGUUGGAUGCUUAGUCUACUGUGAUAAAAUUUCAUAUAUCCAGGGUUUGAAAUUGUUACUCAAUGGGUGCCAAUGCGACCAAACAUUGAGUGUUGGCAACCAGAUAUUAAGAACUGCUCUCCAGUGGGCAUCUCACCUUUUCUUAAGUCAACUUUUAACCUCAAAGGAAAAUUGACCUUGCUUGUGGAUGAAAGACACGACUUAUGUGAAUUUACAAACAAAAUAAAACUGCGAUUUUUUAAUCGCCAAGUGGAUCACCAUGUUUGAUUCAGUAGCUUCUUUAUCAAGAGGUAUUGGGGGUGCACUAAACAAUGUGUACAGGGAGCCUGGUACAGCAACCAAUAAUGUGGUAGAGCAGGGGACUAAUUCCAAUAUGUCUGUUGAGUGCACAAAAACACUUGUCUUAGCACCAAAAAUUGCAUAGAUGUGAAACUAGAUGAGGACAAAGAGGGAACAUGGAAAAUGUAACUCAAACUGCUUUCAAAUUGAUUACUUUUUAAAUGUUGUUUUUAUGUUUUCUUCCUUUAGAAUUUUACUAUCGUGUAAGCUUCUUUGUACAUAAACUUAGAAUUUUGUUGAAGAUCGUGUACAUCAGGAGACUACUGAACAAGAAAAAAAUCAGUGAAAAAAAAUGGCGGCCAAAAAUUACGAUCUGGCGAUCAAAAUUUUGGGAUUAGCUGCUAGUUAAUUUAAUUUUGAGCCCUGAUAUCCAUAUAUCUUACACCUAGAAUAAUUCAUCCAUGUUUAUUUUGGAACCUGAAAUUGUUGGAGAUUUAAAAAAGGUUGACUGUCAAAUACUCCUUAUGCAAGUGUUAUGGACUCUUUGAGAUGUACAUGUAGCAGAGAGGUAAAUGUAUGCACAGAUGAGAUUAAGUUAGUUGAUAACUGUACCACUUUGUUACAAUUUGCAGUUUCUUAUUAUUGUGGAUGAUGUGAUCACUAAAUCAUGAAAUAAAGCAAAAGACAAAUACCUGCACCCAAUGACAAGUUAAUGAACAACACUUACAUGUAACAAGAUAUACACUGGAUCCUUAUUCAGGGGUUCCAAUAAGUUUUCUAGCAGGUGGUUAUUAAAUGACAAUGGAGCAGAGCAAAUCCACCAAUCAAAGACUAGCAGAAUCUUUGAGUCUCUCAUUUUCCUGCAAUUUGGAGCACAAAAAAUUGAUAAAAUUAAUCAGUUUUCAUAAUCAUUUAGUGAUUACAUAAAAAGUCAAUAUCACAAGAAUUAACAUUCAGUAUUCCAUAAUUACCAGCUUUGACAGGUUUCUAGCAAAAACAAACUUGCAAGAGUUUUAUUAAUUCUCUGCUUUUUUAAAUUACUGUGAAUGAAAAAAAAAAAAAAACAAAACAAAAAGAAAAAAAAAAUGCGGCAUUAGCAAACAGCACAAGCAGAGUUUUGCAUGCAUCUAUACUGUAAAGAGACUUAUACGUGAGGUGUGAGAGGGCUUCUUUCCAUUGUUUUAAAAGUGAAUUAAUAGCACAGAGUAAAGCUUUUGAAUGUCCAGGAGAAUGAUGAAACUGAACAUGUUAUUUUUAAUUAAGUACAGAGAGGUUACAUUUUUGUGUGUGCUGUUUGUGGAAUAUUGAAACUUGAAACUCAAACCAGUCAGGAAGAAAUUGCUCAUGUCACAGUAAAUGGUUUGAACCCAGGAGUAUCAGUAGUUCGUAUAGUGUGAUCGUCCGGGUGAGUGUAGUUCUGAAAA